AUGGUUGAAUCACGUCUCAGAGCAAUUCUGCUGAAUUACACAAAGUGUCCCGCCACUCUCGCUCUCAUCGGGACAAAUCCGAAAGUCGCUCUUCUCUCAGGUCGCGACUUUUCUACAGCAGCUGGCGUUGAGAGGCUCGGCAUACCACCCACCAGAGUCGCUGAUUCCGUGAGUGGCAUCCGUCCCGCGGGCAUCGAGGCGGACCUCACAACAGCCAGCUUCCCCAACACAGCAUGCUACGGUUCGACGUGGGAUGCCGAGCUCCUGGGUCGCCUGGGCGGCGAGCUCGCCCGCCAGGCGCGCAUGAAGAGCGCCCAGGUCGUGCUGGGGCCUACCAUCAACAUCCACCGCGAUCCGCGCGGCGGCCGCAACUUUGAGUGCGUGAGCAAGGAUCCCCUCCUGUCGGGCCGUCUUGCUGGCGCCGUUGUCAACGGCAUCCAGGCCAUGGGUUUCGGCGCGUGCCCCAAGCACUUUGUCUGCAACGACUCGGAGACGCUGAGGCACUUUUACGACGUCAGGCAUUCGGCGGACAGCAGGACCUUGCGAGAGGUCUACGUCGCCGCCUGGCAGCAUCUGUUGAGGACAUUUGAUCCUGUGGGCAUCAUGACGGCAUACAACAAGGUCGAUGGAGCUUUCUGCAGUGAGAACAGGCCCUUGAUGGAGGAGGUGCUCCGGGCCCAAUGGGGGUACAAGGGCAUCACCAUGUCGGACUGGUUCGCCGUGCACCACACGGCCGCACCCAUCCAGGCCGGCCUCGACCUCGAGAUACCGUUUCCCAUCUUCAGGGGCGCCAGGCUUGUCAAAGCCGUCGAGGCGGGCGAGGUGGCCAUCGGCGAGGUCGAUGCUCGCAUGCUCAAAAUGCUGGAGCUGCGGGACCGGACCAAGGCGUGCCACGGCAUCAGCACCGAGAAGUCCAUCGUCAAUGAGAAGACGAACCGGUUGGCCUGGGAGCUGGCGGCCAGCGGCAUUGUCCUCUUGAAGAACGAACAGCAGGCACUGCCUCUUGACCUGACACAGUCCUCUGCCGACACGGUUGCCGUCAUUGGGGAGUUCGCGCGAGACUCCGUCAUCACUGGAGGCGGCAGCGCUUCAUGCACGCCGCAGUACAGAAGCUCACCUAUCGACCUCUGGAAAGAGGCGGCAGACAACGCAGAGCGCGUGCGAUGCUCUCCUGGCGUGCGGACGCGACGAAUCAAACCUGUCGCCGACACUGAUAAACUCGUCGCCAAGGAUGGCCGUCCAGGCGCAGACGUGACCUACUACAACGACGACUCGCCCGAGCCGCUCUUGGAGGAGCACCAGGCCAAUCCCGUCGUCUGGAUGCUCGGGCAAUUCAAGCCAGGCCUCAAGGUACCUGGGUCCCGGCUGAAGAUCACAACCAAACUGACACCGUCCACGUCCGGCGACCACACCUUAGCCAUCAGAUGCACGGGAGCGUUCACCCUCAGUGUCAACGGCGAAACCGUCCUGACGGGCUCAGACAAGGGCAUCCCGACGGAGCAAUUCAUCUUCAACCACAUCCUCCUCGAGACAGGCACGCAAGUAUCCAUGGAAGCCGGCGUCUCUUACGACAUCCGUCUCGACAUGGCCGGCCCUCCCGAGCUCGUCAUCGGCGAGCCAACCCCCUACGUGGCAAGCCUCUGCUUCGAAGGCUACGAGUCGGAGGGCUUCGACCUCGACGACAUUCGCAUGCCGGCGAACCAGGCCGCCCUCAUCAAGGCCGUGGCCGCCACCGCUUUUGUCGACGACGUCGACGCCGUCGUGCUCGCGCACUUUCCCGGGAAGGAGGGGGCGCGGGCCGUCGUCGACGUGCUGACGGGCGCCGUCUGUCCGAGCGGCCGGCUGGCGACGACGUGGUUCAAGACGCUCGAGGACGCGCCGAGCUUCGGCCACUUUCCGGCCCGCAAGCUGGAGGACGGCAGCGUGCGGAUUGAGUAUGCCGAGGGCGUCGAGGUCGGCUACCGCUCUUCGCAGGCGGCGGCCGGAGACAGGGUCAGGUGGCCUUUUGGCUUUGGCCUGUCGUACACGAGUUUUCAGUAUGAGGGGCUCGGCGCAACGGCGGAAGAAGACGCGGAAACGGCCGUCUUGCGAUGCUGUGUCACGGUCAAGAAUACCGGCCGCGUCGCCGGUCAGGAGGUCGUGCAGCUGUAUGUCUCGCCGGCAAAAGAGACGGCCGUGUCGCGACCUGGGAAGGAGCUCAAGGCUUUUGACAAGAGCAUGUUGCAACCGGGCGAGUCGAGGACGGUCGAGCUCGCGGUCGAUCUCAAAGUAGCGUGCAGCUACUGGGAUGAGAACGAGGUCGCCUGGAGGAUGGAGCCCGGGACGUAUGGUGUCUUGGUCGGGGGACAUGCUGUGCCAUUUUCCGUCAGCAAAGGGUCGUCAUGGACUCAUCUGUAG